AAUUUGAAAAAAGAAAUCACAAUUUAUGUCAGGGGUAAAAAAAAUAAGUACAUAAAUUAAAAUUACAUAGUGCUUCGUAAGUCUUUUUUGUUUUUUUAUAUUGCUUAACGUUUGUCCAUAUUGUUUAAUUUCUCUUAGAAAAUGCUCAAAAUUGGGCUUAGCUUUAGCCCAUUUUUUCACAUGAAAGUGAUAUUUACCAAGUAAAAUAAAAGGUUGUGCCAGAAAAGACAUUGCACUUUUAUAAUCAAUGGUAUCUUGUACAAAAAUAAAGAUGAAUGGUACUGAAAAGUCACCAAGUUGGCAACACAGCAAGUGACGUCACAUCAAGUGCGUACACGCGCAGGUAGGUCUAUUCAAAUGAGGGGUGCGUCUUGUCUACAUGUGAUAGUACAAUUACCGUUAUUUUAGCAAUUAAAGCAAUAGAUCAUUCCUGAUCAGUUUCCAUCAUUCUGAAUGUUUAUCAUAAGCAACCCGGUACACGAUCAUUCUAACGCUGUCAUUCCUUUUUGAGGCAAAUUGCACCUUACGCAGUUCUUCUGGACCGGGUGGUAUGUUCCACUCACAAUAUAACGUAGCUCAAUGAUUCAAUGGUGUUGUAGGAAGACCAACCUACCACCACCUGAGGAGUGCUGUUAAAGUAGCUAAAAUGGGCGAACGACUUCAGCACCCUGAUAAACAUUUCAUGUGUUCAUUCGCAAACUGCAAGGCGUCGUUUCCUAAGAUGUGGAAGUUGGAAGCGCAUUACUGCAAGCACACUGGACUGAAGCCAUUUGCAUGUGGAAACUGCGACAAGAGCUAUAACACCCGUUAUCUGCUCACCCGACAUCAGCUGAGCCACAGCGGCGAGAAGCCCUACCUGUGUUCGGUCAGCGGAUGUUCGGAUGCGUUUUCCACGCCUGGAGGCCUGAAGAACCACGUUGCUCAUGUUCACGAGCACAAUGAGCGGUUUUAUGUGUGCAACCAUCAAAACUGUGGAAAGGCGUUCGGCAAGAAAAAGCAACUGAAGAUUCACACGUGCGAGCACACAAAUGAGUUGCCUUUUGAAUGUGACUUUAAGGACUGUGACAAGAAAUUUUCCACCUCUAAAGAUUUAAAACUGCAUGAGAAGGUGCAUAAAGGUUACCCAUGUGCUGCGGAGCACUGUUAUUUCAAAGGGAAAACAUGGUCGGAGUAUCAAAAGCACAGAAAGGCAGUGCACAGGGAAACUCUUCCAUGUGAUCAAUGCAAGAGGAUUUUCCACCAUGCUUGGUUUUUGCAGAAGCACAAACAGUGGGUUCACUCGGGUGAACGGCGCAUGUUUAAAUGCACCAGAGAGGGUUGUCAGGAAGCCUACACCACAAACUUCAACCUUCAGAACCACAUUCUGGCCUUCCAUGAGAAAAGGCGUGAUUUCAUUUGCCCUUUUGCAGGCUGCGGUAAAGCUUUUGCCAUGGAGGAAAGCCUGAGAAGGCAUUCUGUGGUCCAUAAUGCUCAGAAGACAAAACUCCAGAAGCCCAAAACUAAGCAGAACAAGACUCGAUCAAAGUUUAAUACAUCAGAUGCUGCGAAACUGUGUAAGGCUGUGCAAAACGUCUCAUUGAACGAGGCUGUAUGAUUGAAGAGGCCACGGGUCUUUUGAAAACUUCAUUUAAAUAAAGUUUCAUGUUUUGUUCUGUUUAUAGACCUAGUACUUUCAGUUGAAGUCACUUCAUUUAAAUAAAUUAUCACUGUGGCAACUCUUUUGUUUUGUGGUCAAUAAAGGUGGAGAAAAUAACCCUCUGUGGUUGUUCGUUUAAAAAAAGCGGUUUGGUUGAACAAGCAGAGCUUUUACCCCAAACUCAUGCCUCGAUUGAGCCCAUGUUGCCUCUCCCUUUUUAAACUACUUGUGUUUACAUUUAAGAUCCAUAAAACAAAUUCACAUUUCCCCUU